AUGCUGUCCGAUAUUAUUGUUGCGAGCACCCUUUUCUUCAAUGGAGUUGCCAUCUUGAACUUCAACUUAAAGCCUGAUCCUAUAUUUGAUGAAGAGUCCUCAAGCUUUGCUUCAAAAACAAAGGAGUUUAUUUACAACGUCCGUUACUUCCGACUUUUUAUCGGAAUUUGGAACCUAUUACUUAUUGUUCUUAUGUUCACGUGGGUUUUUUGGUGGCUAAAUAUGGCAAUUUCACCUGCUCGCUCCUUGUUUCUACCCGAUUCUCAAUAA